AGCGACGAUAAAUGGCGACCGAGAAACGAAGCAGAACAUCAGCGACGCAUGCGUAAUAAAACAGACGAUUUUGGUGUAUCUUUUGCAAGAUGGCGUCUAGGUUACUCAAGUUUACUGCUGUUGUGAGAAAAUUUGCCGGUCAUUCGCAAAUCAUAAAAAGGUAUCAACAUGCUACUUAUGCUCAGACAUUAUUAAAUAUACCAGAAACAACAGUGUCCAAACUUGACAAUGGAUUACGAAUAGCUACUGAAGAUUCUGGUACAUCCACAUGCACAGUUGGUUUAUGGAUUGAUGCUGGAAGUCGUUAUGAGACUGAAAAAAAUAAUGGAGUUGCACAUUUUUUGGAACAUAUGGCUUUUAAGGGUACAGCUAAACGAUCACAAGUUGAUCUUGAGUUAGAAGUAGAAAAUAUGGGUGCUCAUCUUAAUGCAUAUACUUCUCGUGAACAAACAGUAUAUUUUGCAAAGUGUCUUUCAAAAGAUUUAGAAAAAGCUGUUGAAAUAUUAGCUGAUAUCAUCCAAAACAGUAAAUUUGGAGAAGCUGAAAUUGAGCGAGAACGUGGUGUUAUUUUGAGAGAAAUGCAAGAAGUAGAAACAAAUUUGCAGGAAGUUGUGUUUGAUCAUUUGCAUUCAGUCGCUUACCAAGGUACACCUUUAGGAAGAACUAUUCUUGGCCCAACAGAAAAUAUCAAGAGUAUUUCAAGAGAUGAUUUAGUGGAUUAUAUAAAUAAUCAUUACAAAGGAUCAAGAAUUGUGUUAGCUGGAGCUGGUGGAAUCAAGCAUGAUGAAUUAGUGAAAUAUGCCGAUAAGUAUUUGGGAUCUCUUUCAAAUGAAUACAAAAGUGGAAUUCCAGAAGCUCUCCCAUGUCGAUUCACUGGAAGUGAUGUGAGUAUAUGUAUAAAAGUAUCAUAUAUAUUAUGUUAUAUAAUCACAUGAAUUUUUAAAGAUGAA